UAACAAUCUGUUGGUUGUAGCGGCAAGUUCACAAAACAUUGAAAUUCAAUAAAAGUCGAAAUAAAUUGUGUGUGCAGCAAUAAAAAAUGAAAUUCACUCUGGUAACUUGUUUAGUGCUUUCUACAGCCACAGCGAUUGCUUCAGCAUUGCCGCAUCACCGCUUGCAGCGCGAUGUUCCGGAGUUGGUAGCGGCACAGCAACCGGCCUAUAAUUAUCUGCCACCUGAGCCUAAAAUAGCACUACCCGCAGAUAUAACAGCCACCACUGAGGCUAUCAUUGCUGAAACUGAAACGCCCGCUGACAACGCAGAACCCUUACCAGAAAGCGCUAUACUCGGUGCCGAUGGUUAUGAAUAUCGCGCUGUACGCCGUCUGAAAUAUCGUCAACGUGUACGUCGUGACGUCUCACACUUGUCACCAAGCUACUUGCCACCCCGCCAAUCAUAUCUGCCACCAAAUGCCGAUGAUACGGUUGAGUUGAAUGCAGCCGUCCCGAAAGUGGCUCCAGUCUACUUGCCACCUCCGGCAGAGGAAGUGAGCACAGAAGUACCAAUAGUUGUGGAAGAAGUCGAGACUGAGCCACCGGCAGUACCCGAAGAAGAAGUACAGCAGCAGCAAGAUGAACAUGCCCAACCAGAAGUGCAUUCACAGGAAGGAGAAGAGGAAGCCCCUCAAGAUAGCGGUAUUUUGAUGAAUGAUGGAUAUCAUUACAAGCAACCCGCCGAAGAGAUGGCACUCCCGAAGGCAGUGGACAGUGAGUACUUGCCACCACUGGAGCAAGGCCAGACUGAGGCUGAAGGUCCCGAGGAGACGGCUGUAUUGGCCAAGGAUGGCUACCACUAUCGCGCUAUUAAGCGUUUAAGAUUGUAAAAGUUUUACUACUUUAAUUGUAAAAAGAAAAUAGCACAAUUUAUUAAUUUGUUUAUUCAUUGAAGU